AUGGCGAAAGAAGGAUCCUCAACUCUUAACAAUAGGCAAUAUGAAGAACGUGAAGAAGGAAAAUUUAGUAGAGGGAGUGGCCGUGAUGCAGAUAAAGGCCGUAGGGAAGGUAGUUUUAAUGAUCGAGAACGUGUACGUGGUGAAGGAGGAAGAGGUGGAAGAAGACGUGAUAGGAGAAAAGACUCCUCUGGAACUCUUACAACUCCUACCCCCGAAAUUCUUCCUAAAUCAUUCUAUCAAGCACCUGUUAUUUUAGAACGUAAACCACAAUCUACUACUCCAAUGUCAACACCUUCAACUACUACUGCUGCUACCACCGCCAACCUAACACCAACAAUAGCAACCAAAUCAAACGCAAAUUCAAUUUCUGCUCCCACUUCUACUCCAGCAAGGAAACAAUUCGAAGAAGAGGCAUCAUCACCACAAACGUCAAAUUUUCCGCCUUCACCACUUGAAGAUUUUGUACAUAAUCUUUCCAUAUCAUCCGGGUCACGUGAUCCUGAGACGAAACUUGGGAUUUUGCGUCCAAAGAAACCCGAGAAACCUUUUCAAAAAAUGAUCAAUGAGAAAGGAACCUUUUUAUUUGAGAGUGUCGCAAAAACAUUAACUGAACAUCCUGGUCAUUUUGUUGUGGGUGUUUGUGGACCACAAGGUUCCGGAAAAUCGACAAUUCUUUCAGCACUCUGUCAAGAUCCGAACAAUGCUUUUCCAGUUCAAUCAAAUGAAGCACUAAAUUUCGCCAGUCAUGAAACAAUCGGAAUUGAUAUUCAUGUGACCCCGGAAAGGAUUAUUUUACUAGAUACACAACCUCUCUUUAGUCUAAGUAUACUGGAACGUGCUGUGAGGAAUGACUAUAUUCCUGAUCAUAUAUCACCAGAAUUAUGGUUGGAAAUGCAAUCACUACAAUUUAUUAUCUUUUUACUUUCUGUGUGUAAUGUUGUUAUCGCGGUAACUGAAAGCAUUGAUUUGAACACGUGGAAUUUCUUGAGGAAGGCAGAAAUGUUAAAGUAUCGCAUAUCUGAAUUUCCGACUUUACCUUCAUUGGCUUCAGCUGAUGGAAACUACGAAUAUUAUCCUGAUAUAGUAUUAGUCUCUAAUAAAAAUGUACCUGAUGAUUUUACCACUAAGCAAUAUGAUAAUAUAUCCGAUCUACUUCGACAAAUCUUUAACGAUUCAAAUCUCAAAAUAUUCAAUACGAUAUCAUUGGCAAAAAUAUUACCGAUUUACAAACCACGCUCAAAGUCAAAACAACAGAAGCUACCAAAUUUUUACAUGUUACCAUUUGAACCGAAUCCUUAUCGUCCCAAAUCCGAAGGAUAUACGCUCAAAUAUUUGGCCGCUCCAGAUAAUUUUGCCACUUUGGCGAUCGAAUUAAGAAAUCAGGUUUUUGAAUUGCCAAAAAAGAGUGGUAAAAAGGGCCAAGUGUCGGAACGUGAAUGGUUACGUAAUGCUGUCAAAACCUGGGAGAUUGUGAGAAAAUCGGAUUUCAUUGCUGAAUACGGAAAAUUGGCGCAAAAAUUAAGGGAAAUGUGA